AUGACGGUGCCGUACACGGAACUGAACGGCUCAUCUGUUGUUUCCCUAGGCAGUGGCGAUAGCAACCAGAGCAGUUUGCAAAAGAAGAAUCUGCUAUUGAACAUUGCCACUGCUACUCAAGGCAACAAGGGGGAUUAUAGAGUUCUCUGGACUCCAAAUGACAACAAGCCUCCUACAAACAUGCAACGAUUUAGAGCAUUUGUCGAGACUAGACACAAAACAACUCUGAAAUCGUAUGCUGAUCUAAGGAAAUGGAGUAUCGACAACGUUGAGCUGUUCUGGAAGGAUGUUUGGGAUUUCGUUGAGAUUAGGUAUCUUACACCUCCUACAACUAUCCUGGAGCCUGGAAAGACGAUGGAUCAGAUCCCAGAGUGGUUUCAGGGUGCAACACUAAACUAUGCCGAAAACCUCCUCCGCAACCGUGACGACCGACCAGCCCUCAUAUCAACAGGCGAACGUCUCAACCGUGUCACAAUCACCCACGCCCAACUAUACACAUCUGUACGAAACGUAUCCCUCGCACUUCGACGUGCAAACAUCCAAGUUGGAGACCGUAUCGCUGCAUAUCUCCCCAACUCGCACCAUGCAGUCAUAUGCAUGCUGGCCUGCGCUACCGUUGGCGCAGUAUGGUGUAGUGUGUCUCCUGAGUUAGGCAGUAAAGGAACUCUGGAUAGGUUGAGUCAAGUACAGCCAAAGAUGUUGUUUUGUGUCGAGUUUGUGGUUGAGAAUGGGGUUACGUAUGUGCAGAGUGAGAGGCUGGUUGAGAUUGUUGCUGGGCUGCCGAGUUUGCAGCAGGUUAUUAUUGUGCCGUGUGAUAUUGUGAGGCCGGAGAAUACUGUUACUAUUGAUAAAUCGAUUGCACUGGCCUCCUUCCUAAAAAUCGUAACCUCAACGCCAUCAAUCAAAGAAGACUUUAGAUUCGAAUACCUACCAUUCUCGCACCCUGUAAUCAUAAGCUUUUCAAGUGGUGUAUCUGGCAAGAUACGAUGUGUGGUGCAUUCUGCUGGUGGAAUGCUACUGCAACAUCGCAAAGAACAUUGUAUACAUGGCUCUGUGUCGAAGUCGGAUGUCAUGUUGUACUAUGCUUCUACGAGUAAAAUGGCUUGGUAUUGGCAGGUUGCUGCUUUGGCUGAGGGUGCCACUGUUAUUUUGUUCGAAGGGUCGCCUUUGAGGCCGGAUGCUGGUGUGCUGUUCAAGUUGGUUGAAGCUUACAGAAUUACAAAGCUGGGAAUUACAGCACAAUACCUACGCUCCAUCCGUGAAGCCAACAUAUCACCAUCCUCAUCAUACAACCUUUCCUCCCUCGACGCCAUAUACUCGUCAGGAUCACCACUACAGGCAGACGAAUUUACAUAUAUUUACAACUCGAUUUCAUCAACGGCAAUGGUCUCAUCCAUAGUAGGAUCAUCGGAAACAUGCUCACUAUUCGGAGCUCAUAAUACGGAUUUGCCAGUUGUCAAGGGACAAGUGCAAUGCAGAGCGUUGGGUGUUGCUAUUGAAGUUUGGGAUGAGUAUGGAAAUAGUGUUGUUGAUAUGCCUGGGGAGUUGGUUUGUACCAAACCGACACCAUGUAUGCCAACCAAACUCUGGAAUGAUCCAGAUGGCCAAUUAUACCAUGAGUACUUUAGACAAAUCCAUGGUCGUUCUGUUUGGGUUUUCGGUGACGAGGCUAUAUUGGAUUCUGUGGUUGAGGGCCUGAUUAUGAUUGGACCAAGUGAUGGAUCACUCAAUCAAAAUGGUCUUAGAUUUGGACCUUCAGAACUAUAUAGUAUCAUGAAUGACUUCACUGAAGAAGUUGCCGAUUCCAUCGCUGUUGGGUAUAAGCCACAACCUGGUCUUGUCGAGGCAAGUAAAGUCGUCAUGUUUAUACGAAUGAGACCUAAUCAGCAAUUUAGUGCGACUUUGGCCAGUCGUAUCAAGAUUUGUAUUAGGGAUCAGUUGACGAUUGCACACGUCCCUGCCGUCAUAAUGCCAGUACAAGAAAUCCCAUACACCCAGCCUGGACAACGAGCAGAAAUACUAGUCACAAAAAUAUUAGCUGGUGAACAUUUCUCAGAAUCAACACCAAUCUCAAACCCAGAAUCUCUAGACUUCUUUUUCGAACUAUCUCUACCAGCAACAGCAAACCCAUGUAUUUCAGCACUACCGAUACCACUAGACAAUACCCUCGCGCUCGAAAUAUCCGAAACAGCAACAACAUUAACGAAUCGGCCAGACUUGAAUGGGCUAGACUUCCCAUUCGUAGAUGCUGGAUUUGAUUCAUUGACGAUCUUGAGACUCAAGUUUUAUUUACGAGAACGUAAAAACUUUUUAGCUGAUGCUGAUCACUUAUUGAAAGAUGGCACGUCACCUGUUAGUGUAGCUGCAGAAGCCAAGCUAGCUGCGAGUGAAAAGGAUUCUGUUAGAGGCAGGAGAGCACGUAAAGGUUUACCUCUACCUAUACCGCCAUCUCCAGUUGGCAGUGUGCCUGGCACAACACUUGUUGGUGAGACCACCACCAGCGAUGUAGAUGGAGUCAUAAUCGCUCCUUCAACACCAAGUGGUGUAUCAAAAGACAUGGAAACAAGAUCAGCAAUGUCACCAGCACAUCUAACAUGGAAGGCACAAUCCACGUAUGAUUUACCUGAUGCUGCGAGACGGUAUGCAGGAGCUUUAAUUCCAAGGACUUGUUAUUGGAUUCCUGGAUUGGCUGGAUAUGUGAGACAGCGAGUCAAUUUUGAGAGUAAUGUUGCGUUAUUGGAGAAGGUGUUUGUGAAGGUUGACGGGAAGCCGGCGUGGGUUGAGGGAGGGAGGUUGAAGGCUGCGUUGAUUAGGUUGAUGGAAUUGCAUCCAGCAUUACGAACAUCCAUAAACUACAAAGCCGCAGAUACCCUAUCACCUAAACUCGCACGGGCCAUCAUGCCAAUAACGAAACAAGCCGAACUCAACUCUCCAGAAGCCUCAUUUGAAUUAAUCAAGACAAAUGCAGACAAGAUACGAGAUAUUGAUUCUGUGCAUAAGCUAGUGAAACGCACAUUGAGCAGGGGAGAGAAAAUGGUUGUCGCUGUAUGGAGUUCGAAUAUCAAUUAUGUGAUUGUGGGAUUCAGUCAGACUGUUUGUGAUAUGGAGACGAGGAGGUUGUAUAAAUCACAUUUGGUCAAGUUGUAUGAGGAUGGUGAUCGAAAGGACAUUAUCCAACACAAACUCCUCGACUACAACCUCAUCAACACAACCGCAUCAUCCCGUCUCGACAAACUGCCUAAAGACCACGAAGUCACUCAAGCCGCACUUGGAUUGAUACAAAAUGGUGCUGGUGCGUCUCGCUUUAGUAUUGAUAUCCUCGUGCCCAAGAGUAUAGAAUCUGAUAGUGUAAUGGCUGCAUUGACUGUUGCCAUAUUGGAGUUUGUGAGGCCUGCUAUGGUUAAUGACUUUGCUACUUAUAUGGGAUUUUCCAGUGUGAUUAAUGUUGCUAAGGAAGGGUAUAGUGGUAAUGGACUAGUAGACACAUACCAAGUAGUCAACCUUCCCGACACCCUCACAUUCGAAAAAUGCAUCGCAGCGUUCAAAGAACGUCGCACAUAUCUCGUUUCAGACAAUCUCGACACGCCUAAACGAUAUAAAAACCACGUAUUCUUCAGUUUCCGAGUGCAUUCUUCUCCAUACCCUGAAACUCGGGUCCGUAGUAUUAGAGGUGGUGAUAACAAUGGUGGUGCGAAAUGGAUGCCGUUUAUGGGGGCUGUUGUUGUGUAUAUUGAUAUAUGGCCUGAUGAGGAGCGCAUGACUGUCAGUGUUAUGGUUAGGAAGGGUUUGAAGAAGGGAGUUGCGAGGACGCUUGGUGGCAAGUGUCAGGAUCUUUUGUGGGAGCAUCCAGCAUUACGAACAUCAAUAAACUACAAAGCCGCAGAUACCCUGUCACCUAAACUCGCACGGGCCAUCAUGCCAAUAACGAAACAAGCCAAACUCAACCCUCCAGAAGCCUCAUUUAAAUUAAUCAAGACAAAUGCAGACAAGAUACGAGACAUCGAUUCUGUGCAUAAGCUAGUGAAACGCACAUUGAGUAGGGGAGAGAAAAUGGUUGUCGCUGUAUGGAGUUCGAAUAUCAAUUACGUGAUUGUGGGAUUCAGUCAGACUGUUUGUGAUAUGGAGACGAGGAGGUUGUAUAAAUCAAAUUUGGUCAAGUUGUAUGAGGAUGGUGAUCGAAAGGACAUCAUCCAACACAAACUACAACAACCUCAUUCAAACAACCGCAUCAUCACGUCUCACAAACUGCCUAAAGAUCACGAAGUCACUCAAGCCGCACAUGGACUGAUACAAUAUGGGGCUGGUGCAUCACGAUUCAGUACUGAAAUAUUGGUACCGAGGAGUAUAGAAUCUGAUAGUGUUUAUGUUAUGGCCGCAUUGAAUGUUGCUAUAUUGGAGUUUGUGCAGCCUACUUUGGCCAAUUACGUUGCUACUUAUAUGGGAUUUGCGAGUUUUAUAGUACUAAAGGACGGGCAUAGAUAA